UUAUUGACAGAAAAUUGCAAUGGCUGCAAAGGUAGCAAUGCUUAUUAUUGUCAUCAUUUCUGGGGUACUAGGGUUAGUGCUGUUUCUUGAGAAAGUCCUUUUGACAACUGAUCACCAUGACUUGGAGAGGGCUCAAUUCUAUGACAAGAUGGGCUGGAGAAAGCCUACUCGUUUUCAAAAUCUUGCGGAGUCAGGGAUGGAAGAUCAUCGCUUUAACGAAGUUGAUUUCUGGGGUCGCCAUCGCCUUCAAGAGCUUCAGGGGCUUUCCACUGAGCCAUCGCCAACCUCAAUUAUAGCUUUUGCACCCUCAGGCUCAUCACCAUUGACGGGCAACGAGCAGCCAGUGAGAGUUUUCCAGUCUGCCGAUGAUCAUGAUGUUGUCCCCAAAGAGCCUCAGACGACGUCCAGCGCGCCCGCGGCUGCACUACUGGUAGGCGCUGACAAUUCACCACCACCAGAUCGCCAAUCAACGGCAUCAGAUUCACAACAAGCAGCACAGCUGUCUCAGUCUGCAGCCUCAAUACCUUCUCCAUUCUCAUGGUCCUUGACGGACGAACCGCAGCAAGCGAGAGGUUCCGAGUCAGACUCUGUGAAUCGUGAUAAUGUUCCCGACCAGAUGACCUCCCGUGAGGCUUCACCAGGCGCUGAUGACUCCCAGCCAGCUCCUCAAGCGGAUAGAGCAGGUUCACAUGAGACAGAACAGCUGACCGAGUCUCCGGCCCAAAUAUCUUCUCCCCAAAUAUCUUCUCCGCCCCCAUCGCCAUUGACGGGCAAACAGCGGCAAGUGAGAGGUUUCGGGUCCGGUGAUCCUGAUGAUGUUCCAAACCAGAGGACUUCCGAGUCUGGUGAUCGUGAUGAUGUUCCCACCCAGAGGACUUCCAGCGAAGCUGCACCAGGCGCAGAAGAUUUGCCGCCGACUCCUCGUGCGAUGACGAGAUCAGACUCACAGGACAGGGGACAGCCGUCCCAGUCUGUCCCAGUCUGAGAACACUCCACAACGACCAGAUUCUCUGAGCGCACCACAGCCGACACAAGGGCCCAUUGAAUCUCAAGAAAGCCAUCAACCGUCACAACGGCAGAAGUUGGAAGCACAGUCCUCCUUCGAACAGCCGAGCCAUUAUGCAGAUGAGUCCGAGGGCCUUCACAAAUUCUCAGAACGUAAAAUCAGGAAGGGACCAGUCGCCGCCGUCUAUUGAAAUAUCCAGCCCUUCAGCAGAAGUGCAAGCCCGCGUUACCUGAGUCCACUGGCAGAGGAAGUGGUACUGUUGAACAAGCCACUUUCCCUCGGACCUGAGUCCAAGGGACGUGGUAUUAAUGAGGAGUGUCUGACGAGCCACCUUCCCUCACUUACUUAGUCCACAAACGCACAAACUGAGUCUUCCGCAAGUGGCCCAGAAAACAACACAAGUUCUAAUCACCUGUCUCUCUCAAGGCAACAAUCAAAUCCUAAUGUUAUA